UACACCUUGCGCUCCGAACAAACCCACAGACCGACCGAAACGAUAUAGCUCUUCCCUUGCAACUGUCGUUCCCCUCUCUCUCUCUCUCUCUUUCCACUGAAGCUGAAUCUAACAGAUUGGAGGAGAGCAAUUCACGUGGAUCCUGGUGACCGCCAUUUCUGGUCUCUCAGGAGCUUCAUUGCAAUUCUUUGGAGGCUGGCUGGUUGGAGGAACAUCAGAUCCAAUCACCAAUUUUGUAGCAGAAAUCGACUCUGGCCUUUUGUCGGAUUGGAGAGGAAUCAGCGGAUCCCAGAAAUUUUCACUUUCUGGGAGCUGAUUUCGGUUUUCUGCGGAGUUUGGUGAAGCGUCGUCUUCCGAGCCGAGCUAUCGAAGAAACUGCAGCCGAUUCGAAUUUAGGAUAUUUGGUUGCGUGAGGAGUUGAUCAGAGAUCCAGUUCCUCCCGGUUGGAUCUCCGGACUUUUGCGUUUGAACUCUGAAGAAUCAAGGUCUUGGUUGACGAAAAUGCAGAGGAAAGGAUCGAGUAAUAGACUAUCGAGCUCGCGAAUCUCUUCUCUGUUUCUCUCCAUGUUCGCCACUUUCGCUUCGUUCUACGUAGCCGGCAGGUUAUGGCAAGAGUCUCAGACUAGGGUUCAUCUGAUUAAGGAGCUCGAUAGAAUAACCGGACAGGGAAAAUCUGUCAUAUCUGUGGAUGAUACUUUGAAAAUUAUAGCUUGCAGGGAACAGCAGAAGAAACUAGCAGCCCUUGAGAUGGAACUGAGUUCAGCCAGACAAGAAGGCUUUGUUUCAAAGAGGUUUGCAGACACAGAUGGAGCCCAAACUAAGAGAAAACCACUUGUGGUGAUAGGUAUAAUGACGAAUUUCGCCAACAGGAAGAAAAGGGAUGCAGUUCGUCAGGCAUGGAUGGGAACAGGUGCAUCACAGAAAAAGUUGGAAAAUGAAAAAGGUGUGAUUGCACGAUUUGUUAUUGGAAGAAGUCCAAAUCAGGGGGACAGCUUGGACAGGAAUAUUGAUAACGAAAAUAGUCAAACAAAUGACUUUGUUAUUCUUGAAAACCUAGUAGAAGCCCCUGAGGAAGCAACUAAAAAAGCGAAGUUGUUCUUUGCUUAUGCUGCAGAUAGAUGGGAUGCACAAUUCUAUGCAAAGGCCAAUGACAAUAUCUAUGUGAAUAUUGAUGCUCUAGGAAGUGCACUUGCAACACAUUCGGUGAAUCCACGUGCUUACAUCGGUUGCAUGAAAUCAGGCGAAGUUUUCUCAGAACCUUUGGCUGUUGGCAGGAACCACAAAUGGUAUGAGCCAGAAUGGUGGAAAUUCGGUGACAAGAAAUCAUACUUCAGGCAUGCUUCAGGGGAGAUGUAUGUAAUCACCAAUGCGUUGGCGAGAUUCAUAUCAAUCAACAGGGACAUUCUACACGCAUAUGCUCAUGAUGAUGUGAGUGCUGGUUCUUGGUUCAUCGGACUUGAUGUCAAGCAUAUUGAUGAAGGGAAGUUUUGUUGUUCCCCUUGGUCCUCAGCAGAAGCUAUAUGCUCCGGAGUUUGAACAGGUUUUAUGGGUUUGGGUCAUAGAGAGAGGAAGCAACACACUGAUGCGUUUGCUGUGAUGAUAUGACGUGACUCUUUUGUAGCAUAACCAUUUCACGAAACCCACGCUUCUCAUUCCAUUUCAGUUCGAUUGUUUUCUUAUACCAAUCUCUAUUCGACCAGACAUUACAUUGCACA